UGCCACACAUCCCAACGAAAUCCGACAGCCUUAACAACCAAAAACAACAUCAAUCAAUUUGCAACAUUUUAGGACAUGGCAAUGUUUUCAAAGUUACUAACUGAAGCUGAUGUCGUGAAGAGCUUGUUGAUCCCAUCUUGUUCCGUGGACGUACAGGAAGAAGGGAAUUUGUACAUGCAGGCUCUUGACAAGAACGGAAAGACCUGGAGUUUCACCUGCUCCGUUCACCGAGAUGAGACCGCCGGAGCUGUUCUUUCCGUUUGUUGGGAUGAAUUUGUUCGAGAGAAAAAUGUUAGAGCCAAUGACAAGGUCGUUCUUAAGGAGAAUUCAACGGCCGGAGGGACCAUUUUCAUGGUUGAUGUCCAGAGAAAAAUCAGAUUGUUUGGUGAAGAUAUUUGGGCUGAUAUCUGAAGUACUUAUAUUGAAUACAGAAUCUUCAAAAUAUCACCUGAUUGCAAAUUCUUUUGUUCCAAAAAAAGGUGGGUGUGUGAAUUGUGAUAAUUUGUUUUGUUAAUUCCCUGACGUAUAAUUGGGAGUGUCAACAUCGAAUAAUUGUUAUCUCUGUAAGAAAAUUGUUGUAAAAGG